CCCGCGCCCGACGGCUCGGUCCGCGCAAGCGCAGAAGCACCCGGAACAGCGCCCCUCGGCUGAGGCAGGCGGUGUGUGGAGACAUUCGGAGAGAGUCUCGAAGAAGAUGGCCGAUCCCUGGCAAGAAUGUAUGGAUUUUGCCGUGACCCUGGCGAGGAAUGCUGGGCAGGUGGUUUGCGAAGCUUUGAAAGAUGAGGUGGCCGUCAUGAUUAAAAGCUCUCCAGCAGAUCUGGUUACAGUCACCGACCAGAAAGUGGAAAAAAUGCUACUCUCCGCCAUCAGAGAGAAAUUUCCCUCUCACAGUUUCAUCGGCGAAGAAUCCGUGGCAGCUGGAGCCCGCAGCGUGCUGACCGAUAAUCCCACCUGGAUCAUCGACCCCAUCGAUGGAACCACCAACUUCGUGCACAGGUUUCCAUUCGUAGCUGUGUCGAUUGGCUUUGUCGUGGAGAAAAAGAUGGAAUUUGGAGUUGUGUACAGUUGUGUGGAAGAUAAAAUGUAUACUGGCAGAAGAGGAAAAGGUGCAUUCUGCAAUGGGCAGAAGCUUCAGGUUUCCAAGCAGGAAGAUAUCACAAAGUCCCUCCUGUUGACUGAAUUUGGGUCUUCCCGUUCUCCAGAGACUAUGAAAAUCGUUCUGUCUAACAUGGAGAGACUUCUCAGCAUUCCUAUUCACGGGAUCCGUGGCGUCGGCACAGCGGCCGUGAACAUGUGUCUGGUGGCGGCCGGAGGGGCGGACGCCUACUACGAGAUGGGGAUCCACUGUUGGGACAUGGCAGGGGCUGGAGUCAUCGUGACCGAAGCUGGGGGCGUGCUCCUGGACGUGACGGGGGGACCAUUUGACUUGAUGUCACGAAGAAUCAUCGCAGCAAGCAGCAGAGCCCUAGCCGAAAGAAUAGCCAAAGAACUCCAGCUAAUACCUCUUCAGAGAGAUGAUGAUGAUGAGUAGAAACAAGACGCCACGUCGGUCAACCCGUGGAUCUUCUGAAAUCGCCUAUCAUUCUCUGCCCACUGGCUUAGCGGAGCAAUUCAGAAUCAGGUGUAUGCCAUAUUUAACGUGUCCUGCCCAUCUCAAGUAUAUUAGAAGCAUCAUUUAAGUCAGCCGUUAUUGUCAGUGUAUGUCUAGAACUCAAUUUUACCUGCUACUCGUAGUCAGUGGCAAAAUAUUUCAUAUAUCUUAAAUACGGAUUGUCCAGUAGGGUACCCGUGGUGGGAAGCCAUCCCAAAGUCAAAAAGAGUGCAUAAGGUCAUCUGGGCCAACAGCACGUCUACAAAAGAAACCGGUAGCUCCACGUACUUUUUGAAGGGCUUUUUGUACUGGGCUCUGUACUCGCCCGGAUGGCCGACGGUUAGCCGUGAACCACACGUUCGGUAUCCCACCGGCCCGAUGUCCGGAACCUCACGGACUUCCGUGGGGCAAAUGGAAGUUAUUUGCAUUGUGUUUCUGAAAAUUGCCAUUAGCUCCACCUCAGGCUGGUCCUACCGCAGACUUGCGAGAGAGAAAUUAUACUGGUCGAGAUGUAAUUCGAAAGGGUUAGUUUAUUAUUCUGCCCUGGAGGCGUAAGGGCCAGAGGAGCUUUGGCUGCAAACUCUUGCGUGGAUUCAUCUGGUGAGAUGGAAGAAUGUUUCAACAGAGUUUGAAGACCUUUGAAAUAUUAAAAUCACUUUAUUUGUGCAGUUGACUCUGCAUUUACAUUUCUACAUACUGUUUUUCUAAACCAUAAGCACUUAAUACACAAUAUACUGUAAGAUGAGUUUGGGGUUUCAGUUGGUUUUGUUUUCAUGAGGAGUAAUAAAAUGAAGAUUUAAAUACA